AUGGCAGCGACGUCGUUGAUAUCGUCAUCUCCGCCGUACGCAGCUGACGCAGAAGCUGCAGCUGAAAAUACGAUAGCGCUCAAUGAAUCCAUAAUGUCAAACAGAGCGCGACUGUUGGUGGAACUAGCUCGAAAUUCAGCAUCUAGUGCAGUAGCCUCUCACCAAGUGCCCAAAGACGAUAACAUUAACAAUUUUGCGACCCAAUUGAACGAUGCAUCAGAUCCUCAAAGAACAGAGAGCAUGGUUCAAGUGUCAGUUCAAGAUCUAUUAGGAAAUGCAGAAUUGGUAGAUAAUCCAAUUUUAACAGUCCUAGAAGUGGCAGAAAUCCCAAAAGAAACAUCGUAUUCCAAAACUGAUGAAAAGUUAUAUUAUUUGGAACAAAACACAGAUUCUGAUAGUGGUAUUGUACCAAUAAUUGACUAUCAGGAAGAAGUUGUAGCAGAUGAAGAAGAGGUCCAUGAUGCAACUUCAGAUACUGAAAGACAUUCAGAACCAGAUCCAUUUCAGGAAAGUGGCAGCGAGUAUCUGCCAACAGAUACUGACUCAGAAAAUAGUUUAGGAAACGAAAACGUUGAAAACCAAGGAGGUGGAAACCAAGAAGAUCGUCGGACACCGGAUGGAAGAACAAAAAAACGUAAGAGUAAAGGGCAAAGAGAUCCAUCGCAAUGGAAACGAGCAAAAAAUUCGCAAGCGAGACUUAAAGGCCAUGCAUACAUGGGAUUUCAGAAAAAUACUGGAGGCAAGUACCAGCAAACAGUCUGUAGAGUUCAGCGCAAAGUAAAGCCGUCAUGUGGGGGACACAAAAAUGACUCUAAGGGACCACAACAAAAAUUUGAAUGUUUGCAAAUUACAAAUGAAAUGCGUAAUCAAAUAUUUCAAUCUUUUUGGGAAAUUAGUUCUUGGGAAGAUAAUCCAGAGUCUACCAAAAAAUAUCACGUAUGCAAGAAAAUGUUUUUAGCCACUUUAGGUAUUGGAGAAAGAUGUGUAAGAGAAUGGGUUUUAAACAAAUGUUUACCAAAUAUGGAGCUAGGUAUUGAACCGGCUUUAGUAGAGCCACCUCAGGAUUCCGAAUGCACAAAAAAUGUUAAUCAAUUCUUAGACAGCUUGCCUAAAGUUGAAUCGCACUACUGUCGAGCAUCCACUAGGAAACUUUAUUUGGAACCCACUUGGAAUAGUUACAGACAUUUGCAUCGUGAGUUUAUUAACUAUUGUGAACGUCAAAACCUAAGAUCUUGUUCUUGGAGACUUUUCUAUAAAACUUUUAAGACAAGAAAUCUUGAAAUUUAUACACCUCGUAAGGACCAGUGCAACACAUGCGUGAAGUUUAAAAAGGGAAAUUUAAGUCAAGCAGAUUACGAUAGUCACGUUGCCAAGAAAGAACAGGCACGGUCAGAAAAAGAGCACGACAAACAAGAAGCUAUCUCAUCAGAGGCAGGAAACUCAAAAUUAGCCAUGGACUAUUCGUACCUGAACCAAGCCGGGUUCGACUCCAGCUGUCUGCAGGGUACAGGCAUGGACCCUGCGGGACUUAACAUGCCGUGCUCUUACGGGGAUCUCACCUCCUGCGGGCAAAUGUCACAGGCUGCUUACAGGUAA